AUGGCAUCCGAUGAAGACCGUGUACCAAAAUUUGUUCAUAUUGAUGAACAAUAUGGAAAUAAAGGAAAUGAUCCAAUAUUAUUUGGUUUUGAACAAGAACUUAAAUCUGUUACUGUACGUUAUGGCGAUUCAGCAAGAUUUGAAGCUAAAAUACGUUUAACAUCAACAUCUUCAAAUAUUCAAAUUGAUCGAUCUUUAUUAAAUAUUGAAUGGCGUUUAAAUGAUAUACGUAUAACAAGCGACAAUGAUUCAAGAUAUCGAUUUGAUUCAAUACAAGAAGAGAAUCUUUAUUGGAUGGAUAUUCGACAAUGUGAACAACAAGAUGAAGGAGUUUAUACGAUUUAUAUUAGUUAUGAUCAUGAUAAAUAUCAUGAUGAAUCGAGUGCUUAUCUCUUUGUUGACAGCUUUAUUACUGAAAAGGAGGAGCAACCUGAUCAAAUAAGUCAACGAGGAUUAACUGCUGGUGAUUCAUGGUCAUCAGCAACAUCUCUUGAUCGUUUUAUUCCACCAACAAUAACACAACCUCUUCUAUCUACUUAUCGAUAUCGUUCUGGUGAUAGAGUACAACUUCAAGUUGAAUAUUUUUCACCAUCAGUACAAUGUCAUUGUACAUGGCAAGUGCAACAUAUAGGUGAUGCUGCACCACAACUAAUACAAGAUGGAUCAAUAGUUAAUACAAAUUAUUCAUCAACAUUAACUAUUGAUUCUAUAACACCUGAAUUACAAGGUGUAUAUCUAUUUCAAGUUGAAAAUGUUUAUGGACAAGCUAUGACACAAACAUAUAUUAGUGUCGAUCAGGAAGAUAUUGAUGACGAACAACAAGAAUAUCAAGAAGCAUUUGAAGAACCACCUAUUAAAAAGAAACAUCUUGAAGAUGAGAGUCAUUUACAAUUAAUGGGUCCAUUUCAUAAACGUAUAUCAAUGAUGCAUCAUAUGCCAUUAGAUGAAUCAUUAAGAGAUGAAGCUCUUAAAGUUCAUCUACCUGGUGAAAUAACAGAAGAAAUUAUUAUUCAUACUGAAUUUAUUCCACCGACGCCACGAUUAUCAUUAAUUGAAGAACAAUCAACAGAUUUACCUAUUAAACAAAAUUUAUUAAGUGAACAAAUUCAAACUGGAGAUACAUAUAAAAUUGAAGAUGUUGACAUAAAAAUUACGAUGGAUCAACAACAAUUACAACCUGAAAAGAAAUCAGCCGAUCAAAUUCAAUUCGAUCUGCUACUUCCAUCGUUAUUAAGCGAUACUGUACUGAAAUCUAUUCGUGAGGACAUUCCGCAAACAUCUGCUUUAAGAAUUCAACAACAACAACAACAACUGACUCGACCAACAGAUGAUAAUCUAACUGUUAUCGAAAAAUCACAAACUAUAACUUCAGUACCUAUUGCACUUGAUACAGCUCUUAGUAGUGUUGAACAAUGGUCAGAUGUAAUUUCUGAUCAUGAUACUUUUGUAUUACCAUCAUUUCGUCAAGCUUCACGUAUUUCACAUUUAUCAACAUCAGCUAAUGAAUAUGAAGAUGAACAACAUAUUGCACAUCCUUUACGUCAACGUUUAUCUAUUGGUUCAAUUCGAACAUCGGACAAAGUAGAUACUAUACAACAACCUGAAGUAGGUCCAUAUGUUCCAUUACUUGAUGAAAGUAGUAUUGCUCUUAAUCAAUUUCGUCUACCUGAAAUACCACAAUCAUAUGAAUAUAAAGCACCAAUCGAUAUUAAACAAGAACCAAUUGCUCUAUUACGAACUAGUGCAUUGGCUAUGAGUAGUGAUGAUAUGGAAAUUCAUGAAACACCUAUCAAUAUCAGUCAUAUACGUCAUCAAGAAUCAGGAGGUACUAAACAAAGAGCUACAUCAAUUUCACAACCAAGUGUCACUAUUGAUUUUUCUAUACUUGAUGAAAGUCCUCUUCAUCUCGAUCAACUUCAACGACCAGAAUUAUCACAAUCAAUUGAAUAUAAACUUCCUGCUGAUAUUCAAUUAUCAACUAGUUCAAUUCUUACGACAACUUCUGCUCUUAGUCAAGAAGAACCAGCAGAAGAAACAGCUAUUAAUAUUACUCAAUUUAUUCAAUCUACUGCUCAAGAUUUGCCUGUUUCCGAAACAAAAAAAACAACAACAGUUGUUCGUCUUGAUCAAGUUCAUCGUCCAGAUGCACCACAAUCUAUCCAAUAUAAAGCUCCGCCUGAUAUUCAACCAUCAGUUGGUACUAUUCUUACAACAGCUUCUGGUCUUAUUAGUGAAGAACUAGCACAUGACACACCUGUAAAUAUUAGUCAAUUACGUCAACCAAUAGCUAAAGAUGUCUCUGUACAUGACACAAUUCAACAACAAGCAUCAUCAGUAAUGCAAUUAAGUGCAGCGACAGAUUUAUCUAUAUUUGAUGAAACUUCAAUUCAUGUUGAUCAAAUUCAUCGUCCAGAUGCACCACAAUCUAUCCAAUAUAAAGCACCUGCUGAUAUUGAACCAUCAAUCGGUUCAAUUCGCACACAUACUUCUACUCUUAGUAUAGAAGAACCAGCACAAGAAGUUCCUAUUAAUGUUAGUCAAGUACAUCAAGCGACUGCUCAAGAAUUAUCUGAUGAAAUAAAACAACGUGCUUUAGAUAUUUCACAACGAUCUAAAGAUAUUGAUUUGUCAUCACUUGAUGAAACUGCUAUUAAUAUAGAACAAUUUCCUCAAGCUGAAGAAUCACAAUCAGUCGAAUAUAAACUACCAACUAAUCUUAAACAAGUAUCAGCUACUUUACUUAGCACUCCAUCUGUAUUAGCAAGUGAAACUGAACAUGAUGAAACAAUUUUAACUUCAGUAGAAGGUUAUCAACAACAACAAGGACAUAAAACAUAUCGACCAGCAGUUAUCUCCGAUUUGUCAUUGGCACCUGCAGAAGAUGAAUUUGCUGAAUUACCAUAUGAAAUUCAAUUGCAACAACAACGUUUACUUAAAAUGCCACCUAAAUUACAUGAACAACCUAUACUUAUUCAAAGUCGUACAUCAAUUAUCGAAGGCAAUGAUGAAACACAAUCAACAAUGAUUGGUCAACGUCGUCAAAUGAUACCUUCUGUACAAAAAGAAGAAGAAGAAGAAGAAGAAGAAGAAGAAAAAUCAAUCUCUCGAGAAUCAUCAAUGAAUGUCGAUGAAGUUAUUGAAACAAUUUAUUUAGAAGAUGAAUUACUUGAACCUAAGAAAUCAAUCGUUAGUGAUAUUCCGGUAUCGACUGACGAAGAUAUAUCAUCUUUAGUUCCGACAGUCGGUGAAGUUGUACCUUCAAUCGAAGAGGUACCUCAAACUACGGACAAAGAAAUAUCUAUGCAAAUUAAUCAACUCGAAACUGUGCGUUCAGACCAAAGUAUUAACGAAGAAUUACAAUCAUCACUUAACCGAUUAGAUCAAGUUUCAUUGACACAACCAACUUCUCUUCAUUUACAAACAACAGAAGAAAUACUUUCUUCUGCUACUAUAGAAAAAGCACCGGAAACAUUAGUGCCAGAAAAAAUUGAAGAACCACUCGAAAUAGUAUCGAAAAAAAUUGUUGAUUAUAUUGAAAUACCACAUUCAACAACAGAUUUAGAUAAAAAUAAACCUGAAGCUAUCAUCGUUAUAGAUGAAAUGACACCAAGUGAAGGCAUUUCACGUGUUGCAGAUGCAACAAGUCAUAUAGCUCCAUCUGAAAGUUUACCUACAGUAGAUUUCACAACAGAAACUAUUCAACAAAUACAAGGUGAUGUGACUUCUGAACAAUUUUCUCUUUCUGCUCUAAGUGACAAAGGUGAAAAAUCAUUGAAAGAAUCUGUAGAAUCUUUGUCUGUUCCAGCACAACCGAAUUUAUUGCCGUUGGCAACAAUGCCCGAUGAAACAACAGAAGGAGAUAAGCUACGUACACCUGAUAAAAUCGUUCAAGAUGUUCUCGUCGCUGCACUUGAACCAACAAGUGUCAGUCAGGUCGAACAUACUGCACAAACUAUACCAACGUCUUCAUUGACUCAACUACAGACAGCAAGUACUUUUCAAACUGUAUCUUUCGAUCAAGAUGUUUCUAAAGAUACUACAAAAGUCCAAUCCGUCAAAACAGCAUCACCAGUACCUGUUUCGAUGGAACCUGAUCAAUUCUUUGAUGCUGAAUCAGAAUCUACGGGUGAAAUAGCAAAAACCGAAAUUAAAAAACUAACGUCAUUUCAUGAACAACCAAUCACUCUUGCCGCAGUAGAAAAGUUACAACAUGAUGUAGCUGUUGAACAACAAAUGGAUGAAUUUCAUGAACCAGAACUUCCUGUAACAUCAAUAGAGGCACCACUUACUGGUGAACCACAACCACUUGAAACGUCAUUAGAACAAACCACAAGUGCUACAAAAGAGAUACCAUCGAAAACACAAGUUCAGGAACAAAUAAAACCUGUUGAAAGUACAGGUCUCCUACAACAAGAGUCUGCUUUACCAACGCAAGAGCAAGAAGUAGCACAUGCGGCACAAUUACUAAUGAAAAUCAUCGAUGAGCAAAAGCAAACAAGAAUCGAGCUACCAGAAACGACACUACCUGAUGAAGAAAAAGUUCCACAACGUGAAAAGCCACAACCGCAACCAGUCGAAGUACAAAAAGACGAAGCUGUUGAAAAAAUACAGCUGCUACCGACUCCAACAUCGCAGCCAGGCGAAACACAAACAAUCGAAACGGUUGAACAAAUAAAACAGCAACCGAGUCCAACACUGCCGCCAACCGAAGUACAAAUAGUCGAAACAGUUGAACAAAUACAACCACAACCGACUUCAGAGUCGAAGCCAGUUGAACAACUACAACAACCAACUCCAACACCGCAACCAGUCAAAGUACAAACAAUCGAAACGGUUGAACAAAUACAAUUGCAGCCAACUUCAGAGCUGAAGCCAGUUGAACAAAUACAACAGCAACCGACUCCAACACCGCAGCCAGUCAAAGUGCAAACAAUCGAAACGGUUGAACAAAUACAAUUGCAGCCAACUCCAGAGCUGAAGCCAGUUGAACAAAUGCAACAGCAACCGACUCCAACACUGCAGCCAGACAAAGUGCAAACCGUCGAAACGGUUCAACAAAUACAACUGCAGCCGACUCCAACUCGUCCACCAGCCGAAGUACCAAAACCCGAAGCAGUUGAACAAAUGCAACUGCAACAAGUUCCAGAGUCAAAGCCAGUUGAACAAAUACAACAGCAAUCGCUUCCAACAGCGCAGCCAGCCGAAGUACAGAAAGCCGAAGCAGUUGAACAAACACAACUACAACCGGCUCCAGAACUAAGCGCAGCCGUAGACAAAAAAGCAGAACCAUCUGAAGGCAUACAAUUGAAACACGCGCCAGAAGUGAAACCUGAGCCACUUAUCGAGAAAAAACCAGAAGAAGCCGAACAACCACGGCCCAAGCCGGCUUUAGAAGAGACAACGAAGUUAGUGGAAGAGCAAAGAGCAAAAGAGCCUAAAGAAACACAACCGGAACUUGGUUUAGAACGUAAAUCGGUGCUACUCGAAGAACAAAAGCCACAAACAGUUCAACAACCACAACUGAAACUGGCUUCAGAAGAGAAGCCUAAGCCACCUGAACAAGAAAAAGUCGAGCAACCUGAACAGUUACAAUCAAAAAAGACUCCUGAAGAAAAGCCGAAGCCACUCGAAGAAAAGAAAGACAAGAAAGUUGAACAACCACAACAGAAGCCAGUUCCAGAAGAACAGCCUAAGCUGGUUGAAGAAGAAAAAGUCAAACAACCUGAACAAUUAUUGGUCAAACCGGUUCCUGAAGAGAAACCGAAACCAGUUGAAGAGCAAAAGGGCAAGACACCCGAACAGCCACAAGUAAAACCAGUUCCGGAAGAAAAACCAAAGCCGGUGGAAGAACAAAAAGCCACAAAACCUGAAGAAGUGCAACCGAAGCCGGCACCUGAAGAGACGCCGAAGCCAGUCGAAGAAAAGAAAGUUGAGCAACCACAACCGAAGUCGGUUCCAGAAGCACAGCCUAAGCUGGUUGAAGAAAAAAAAGUCAAACAACCUGAACAACCAUUGGUCAAACCGGCUCUUGAAGAGAAACUGAAACUAGAUGAAGAACAAAAGGGCAAGGCACCCGAACAACCAGAGGUGAAACCAGUUCCGGAAGAAAAACCAAAGCCAAUCGAAGAACAAAAAGCAAAAAAACCUGAAGAGCCACAACCGAAACCGGCGCCUGAAGAGAAGCCGAAACCAGUCGAAGAAAAGAAAGACAAGAAAGUUGAACAACCACAACCGAAGCCAGUUCCAGAAGGACAGCCUACGCUGGUUGAAGAAGAAAAAGUCAAACAACCUGAACAACCAUUGGCCAAACCGCUUCCUGAAGAGAAACCGAAACCAGUUGAAGAGCAAAAGCGCAAGAAACCUGAACAGCUGGAGGUGAAAGCAGUUCCAGAAGAGAAACCAAAGCCAAUCGAAGAACAAAAAGCAAAAAAACCUGAAGAACCACAACCGAAACCGGCGCCUGAAGAGAAGCCGAAGCCAGUCGAAGAAACGAAAGACAAGAAAGUUGAACAACCACAACCGAAGCCCGUUCCAGAAGAACAGCCUAAGCUGGUUGAAGAAGAAAAAGUCAAACAACCUGAACAACCAUUGGCCAAACCGCUUCCUGAAGAGAAACCGAAGCCAGUUGAAGAGCAAAAGGGCAAGAAACCUGAACAGCCGGAGGUGAAAGCAGUUCCAGAAGAGAAACCAAAGCCAAUCGAAGAACAAAAAGCCACAAAACCUGAAGAAACGCAACCGAAACCGACACCUGAAGAAAAGCCGAAGGCAGUGGAGAAAAAGAAAGUUGAACAACCACAACCGAAGUCGGUUCCAGAAGAACAGCCUAAGCUGAUUGAGAAAGAAAAAGUCGAACAACCCUUGGCCAAACCGGCUCCCGAAGAGAAACCGAAACCGGUAGAAGACCAAAAGGUCAAGAAACCUGAACAGUCACCGGCGAAGCC